AUGAAUCAAAGUAAUGAUAAUAUAAGACAUACAAGACUUGGAAGAUAUAAAAGACAAGACAUGAUUGUAACGAUUGAUGUGAACGACGUGUUUGAAGAAGUGGUUAAACAAAAUGAAAGACUUGUCAAAGAAAUUGAAUUUUAUGAAGAAGUGGUCAACGAUUUGAUAACAAAUGUGAAGAAAUGUAUUGUUUGUCAACAAAAUGAUGUCAUAAAAGACAGAAUCAGUGAAUUGGAGACACAUUUGAAAAGUAAAACAAUCGAUAACUCAAGUAAUGUUAAGAGUGAUGAUAAUGACUGCGAUAACAAUUUGAAAACAAAUCUGAAGACAAAAAAAUUACAAAAAUCAAAGAAAAGUUGUGUUAAAGAGAUUAUAGAUUCUGAUACCAGUGAUUAUGACAACGAAUCAGAUAGAAGUUGGACAACAAAUGCAAAUAUAAAGAAGACAUCUAUGAAAUCAAAUAAGAGAAACGAUAAAAUUAUUAUAAGAGAUGUCAAUGAAGUUGAAGACAAUAAAAGUAAUUACAAUAAAACUGAAAAACACAUAAAAUCAAAGAAAACUAAGAAAAAUCUUAAGAGAAAAGACAAAAUCAUUUUAAGAAAUGUCGACAAAAUUAAAGACAAUAACAACAAAGUAAUUAAAAGUGGAAAACGUAUGAAAUUAUAUAGUAAUGAAUAUCAAGAAAAAAGACAGAAAUUAAAAGAUGACACACUUACUGGUGAUGGCAGCUAUCAGUGCCAGACAUGUGAUUAUAAAAGCAUUAAAUUUCCAGAUUUUGAGACACACGUCAAUCGACUGCAUCUAAACAUUAAGCCAUAUAAGUGUCACAUUUGUAGCGAACAUUUUGUCGGUUACGACAGUUUAAGGAAACAUAAGAGUCGCAAACACUAUUAUGUUGGCCAAGGUUUGGAUCAAUUAAGUGAUAAACGAAAAUCUCAAAUCGCCGAAACUUUAUCGAAAUUUCAGUGUCAAUAUUGUCAAAAGUUUUUACACUGCAAGUCAGAGCUUAAACGACACGUGUUGCACGUGCAUCAUAACGUGAAACCGACUAAAACUAUUGCGUGCGAUAUGUGUGACAAAUCCUAUAGAAAUAGCUGUUCACUUGUCAUACAUAAGCGUUUACAUCACAGCAUUGGACCGAAGUUACCGUAUUAUUACUGCGAUUGGGAGGGCUGUCAGUUUAAGACAACAAAUAAAUGUAUGGUUUCAGUGCAUAAAAAAAGCAAACAUUUAGUUAUCCGUGAUAUUAUGUGUGAUUGGCCCGGAUGUGACUUUCGGACGGCCACCAAAACUAAUCUCAAUAAACAUAAAUUCAUUCACAGCGAUGUUUACGACUACCGGUGCCAAUGGCCCGGUUGUGAAUAUCAAGCUAAAUAUGUGGAGCGAUUGAAAAAACAUAUGGAAAGAGUUCACGAGGACAUACCCCGCACAAUGAAGUGUCAUUGGCCCGGAUGUGAUAAAACGUUUAAAUUUGCAUAUAGUUUGACAAAACAUAUGAAAAUACAUAACAAACCACAUCUGCCGUGUCCUCACUGUAACAAACUGUUUACGACUAAAGAGUAUUUGAAUCUUCAUGUGGCAACACAUACAGGAAGUCUACGUGUGAUUUGUCCGAUAAAGGGAUGUAAUAUAGAAAUAUCAUCAAAAAAUAAUAUCAGACAUCAUAUGAGAGUACAUCACAAGAACUGUACCGGCAAUUAG